UCUCCGACAGAUCCUCAUCGUAUCCCGCGUUCAUGGUCAGCGACCGGCAAUCGGGGUGAGCGUCACGUGGAAGACAAUGAAGUGAAACGGCACAGGGAUCGUCAGCGAGAUACCUAGCAUCGUGCACGAUGCGACUUGACAACAUGGGGGACACGGGGCGGAUCGGCUCUAGAGCGGAUGCGUUAACGCUGCUCGUUUAACAGAGAGAACACGGGGAACGCGAUACGGAUCGGAGCGCGAGAACGAGUGGCGUCGCAAACCGACUAAACAGAACGCAGCGGACGCGGGACGGACCGACUCCAGAACGGAGGUGUCGUCGCUGCUCGUUUAACAGAAUGCCACGGACGCAGAACGAAUCGGAACCCCGGCGAGCGGCGUCGCGACUCGUUUAACAGUGAACUUAUUCUUUCUAUAUAUAAAGCCUAACAUACACUCGUCGACUAUUUGCAUGAAAAUAAACGAAUCGUAACCGGUUCGUCGCGUCGCGCGUUUGUUCCGGGAGUGUCGUUUGAUAAAGUAAUAGGACUUGAAUAGUCCACGGGCGCAAUUAGUGUAUUUAACGUGAGUGCAACAGGACGAGAAAACUCGACAAUCCGGAUCUGAGAGGAGGAGGAGGUUUGGGACAGGCAUUGGGCCCAACCGAAGGAACUUUGAGUAUCAUCGCAGCUUCGUAGCUAUCAUUAACUCCGCUCGUUGCACAUCGGAUCGGCAUAACGAAGAACAGUCUGCGACUGCAUCCGGAUGAGAAGCAUCUUCUCUAUCCGAUGGGCUACAAGGUUGCCAUAAGGAACAUCGAAACCGGCGAGCAACGAUUCCUCAGCGGACACACGAACAAUGUCUCGACACUGUGCGUUUCUCCGUGCGGCGAAUACGUCGCUUCUGGUCAAAACAAUCAUCUCGGUUUCAAGGCCAUGGUAAUCGUGUGGAAUUAUAAGGAGGGCACGAUAAAAGGCAGCUACGAGACGCACAAGGUCGGCAUCGUGGACCUGUGCUUCACCCGCAACAGCGACUUCCUCGUGAGCCUCGGCGGCAGGGAUGAUGGCAACGUGGUCAUCUGGGACGUUCAGAAGAAUUCUCUUAUAUGCGGAUCGUUCGCCAGCAAUGACACGAGUGGCAACGCGUAUAACGUUACGAGGACACAUCUUCACGGCGAGUGUUUCAUUACCUCUGGCGACAGGACGUUGAAGAUCUGGCGAAUCGAGGCAGAGAAGCGUCGGAUCCACGGUCUCGACGUAGAGGUGGGCAAGCUGAAGCGUCUCAUCAACUGCGUCGCCGUGGACGAGAUGGACGAGAUCAUCUACUGCGGCACUUCUUCCGGUGAUAUCAUUAAAGCAAGAUUGAAUCUGCGCGACGAUCUGCAGUGCGGAGAGCCAAUGCGCUUGCCGGUGAUGAUCGGCUGCUAUUCGAAGAUAACGCGCGAUCCGAGGAAAAUGAAGGUUGGUGAGGGUGAUCUAUACGCGGGCGGGGUGAGGUGCUUACUGCUUCUGAAGGACGAGAAGUUGGUGGUUGGCACUGGCGACGGUACCAUCGAAUUGAUACAAAUAAUUAUAUGUAAAAAGGAGAAUCGAUCUCACAAGCCAUCUAAGUUCCCUAAUACGCCUCAAAUACUCACGCAUCAAAAGGAAACCGUGUGCAGCGCUGUUACGUCCAUGGUUCUGCAUCUGAACGAAUUCUUGCUGGUCGGGACAUCCUGGUGCGAAAUUUAUCAGAUUCAACUAUCAAAUUUUCAUAUGCGCUUACUCGUUACGUGUCACACCAACUGCAUAUAUAGUAUCGCAUUCCCACGCAAUCAUUCAGAGAUAUUCGCAACAGGCAGUAAAAACGACGUCAGGCUAUGGAAACUAGAAAAGCAGAAGGAAAUAGUUCGUAUCACUGUGGCGAAUUUCAUUUGCUCCAGUCUACAAUUCGCGCGUAAUGAUCAAAUGCUGCUUUCUGCUUGGAACGACGGCAUAAUAAGAGCUUUUUCGCCGCAUAACGGGGAGUUUUAUUUUUCCAUUUAUAACGCUCACACAAAAGCCGUGUCGACGAUUACCGUCACGAGCGACGAUUCUACGAUGAUUAGCGGUGGCUGUGAUGGCCAGGUACGUGUAUGGGACAUAAAAACUGACGUGCGGCGAUUGAUUAGUGUACUGAAGGAACAUCGGAGUCCGAUAACGUCUUUGCAUAUCUCGAGCAACAACGAGGACUUGAUCAGUUCGAGUACGGAUGGCACGUGCGUUAUCUGGGACAUAAUACGUUGCACCAGGAAACACAUUCUCAUGGGAAACACUAUGUUUAUGAUGGCGCAAUUCACCCCUGACGGUAUUCAGAUCUUGACAUGCGGCACGGAUCGGAAGAUCGCUUACUGGGAAACUCUGGACGGUUCGUUGGUGCGGGAGAUUGAGGGUUCCAGCGCCGGCACGAUGAACUGUUUGGACAUCAGUCCGGACGGUCGACGCUUUAUAACCGGAUCCAACGACUGUACCGUCAAGAGCUGGGAGUACGACAGCGCGGAUGUCACCCACAUUAGCACUUUCCAUGCCGCAAUAAUCACCGCGUGUAAGUUCAGUACGGACGGCAAGCACAUAGUGACAGCUAGCGCCGAUGGAACAAUUAUGAUUUGGAAAUAUCCAUCUGAGACUUUGGAAGAUUCAAAAAGUGUGGAUCGGUCAGGAAGAGCAGCUAACUCUAUACGUAGCAUGCCCGACGAGGAUGUGGAUAAAUUGUUUCAGCAAAAAGCAGAGGAUGAUGGAAAAAAUGUCGUGGCAGAAGAUCAGACUGUGAGAUCUUCCAAAAAAUCUACUUCAUCAUGUACAAGUGAUCAGAAACCGCUAUCAGUUGCGUCUGAUCGGAGUAAAGGUUCUAAAAAAGAAACCCGUAAAGAAGAAAGAACGCCCGUUUGCAAAUGUGCAUCGCGGAGCUCGGUAAGUUCCAAGUCAAGCGCAGGUACACCGAACCGAUGCCGAUGCAAGGACACAAAGAGCGAUAGAUCCAGUAAAGCAAGAACAAUGGAAAAACUAAAGGAGUCUUCAAAUUCAAGUAGCAGAAGAUCAAUUACGUCAAAGACAUAACGCACAAUGCUUAGACUGAGACACGAAUACAUAAUUUUAACAAGGAUUCUCCUGCAAAAUAAUGAUAAAGUAAAAACCAGGUAUCACAAUUACAUUUCACUAGGUAUCAAAAUUUAUAUAUAUCGUAAAUAUGAGGUAGAAAUUAAAAUUAUUUCAUAAUUUAUAUAUUAUUCUUUGUUGGGAAAAAUUAACUUUGAUAAGUUAACCUCAGCGAAUCUCAGCCCCAUGCUUGACUUUUACAGUAAUGUAUGACCAACUUUCCGUCGGCACCGUAACAGUCGUACAAGUUCUUGACCGUUUGAUCGGGGGCAGGCGCAAACGUCUGAUUCACAUAGAGAAACUGAAAGGCAAGUAUGAAUUAUUAUCACGUUCCCCGAUUGUGCUGAAGAGAUUGGAAAGAAUAAUUAUGACGUACCAGUCUCUCGUUGGGGUCCAAUUUGAGGUACUUCUUUAUGAAUUCGGAGAUCUUUCCGAUGGGAUUGUCUUGAUAGACCGACCACUUCUUCUGCUUCAUGAUUGGAGCAUUAGCAGUAGCUUUCAGCAGUAUAUCAACUAUAAAAUUUAAAUGUAAACUUUAUUUAAAUAUAUACUUUGAUAUAUGUGAUGUAAAAUUGUA